GAUCUGACUUUUGUUUAUGAUUCGCUUCAUCGUGUUCAUCCCUUUAUGACUGAAAGGAAACCGAAACAAACUCCACUGACUGGUGACGAGUGAUACCUUGAAAUGGCCGAAUUUUUACCGCAGGUUGAGUCAUACAAGGGCACAGUGAAGGAGAAAGCAGAAGAGUUGGUCAAAAAGAAGUUUCCUGAGCGCAUCAUUCAUUUCAACAAGCUGCUGGAAGAGUCUCCAUUCCUGUGUGAGAACCUUGACACAGUCCACUCUGAUCUCAAGAUUCCUGUACCUGAGCCUUUUAUUUUGAAUAACCAUGAUGGGGAUCCUCCUGGAAAGAAAAGAAAGAUGACUGAUGGAAUAGAAGAUGCCGUGACGGGAGCAAAAGUGUUCGUGCUUCCUUCAGGCUCGGUACCGAUCAAUCCACAUAUUACACUGAUGGUUGACACCAUCAAGCCACUCAUCUGUCAGCUUGUGGAAGAAGCUAAUCUGCUGAAAAUGUGGAUAUCCUUCUUGAUUCCUAAAAUUGAAGAUGGAAAUAAUUUUGGCGUAAGCAUCCAAGAGGAAACCUUGGGAGAGAUACGUACAGUAGAGUCUGAGGCGGCCUCCUUCUUUGACCAGAUAUCACGCUAUUAUAUGACCCGGGCAAAGCUUGUAUCAAAGGUUGCCAAGUACCCUCAUAUUGAUGAUUAUCGCCGAACUGUAGUGGAGUUAGAUGAAAAAGAAUACCUUUCGUUACGUAUUACUUUGUCAGAGAUAAGGAAUCACUAUGCUACUCUCCAUGACAUGAUUACUAAGAACAUGGAGAAAAUCAAGAAGCCACGGUCUACAAACUCUAUUGAGGCCAUGUACUAAUAUGUCCUUGUUAUCUAUGAACUUUCCAAUUUACUAUCUAAUGUGUACUGUCCAAGAACUAUCUUAUGUAGCCAAGACAAGUACAAGAACUUACUGGUUAUGGAAAUCCCAUUUGAAUUAAUAUUUUUUUUAUAAUUCUUUCCAAAUAUCUGUUAUCUUGAAAGGGAUUAAACUUGUUAUAUUUGGAUAUUCAUAUUUAAAUAAGUGAUUAUUGCACUGUUAUUUAUGAAAGUUGUAAUGAAACACUGGCAUAUAUGCUCGUAUCAUUGUUAUUGGCAUUUGUUUGAUUUAUAUCCUAUUGUAAUUAAUGGUAUUAGCAGAUUAUAAGCUUUACUUGGCCAUGCAACACUGGAACCACAAGAAAUAACUAAAAGAAUUGUUUGAAUACCUCCAGUAUUAAUGUAAUCUUUAAUGGGCAUUACUUUUAACACCAAUUGCACACUAUAUUUUAAAUAUAUGUAUUGUGUACAAACAAUUAGGUAAAGUACAGUAUAUACCAUUAUAUUUAAUUAGAUAUAUUUCCUUGGGGAAAAUAUAUUUUUUUAUAAUAAUGGUACUUAUUUACCAAUUUCCAUGAAAGUUGGAAGGGUUUUGCCAAAAUAAUUACAAAUUUAGGAGCAGCUGUUAUUAAUAUUGCAGUAAAUUUUGUCUUUAUCUGUAACAUGAUAAAAUAGCACCUAUCCUAAUGUGCCCCCUUGAGCUUGAUUUCUAGUUUAUUAGACUGUUGGGAGCAGCGUCAACAUAUUCUGCCAGGGCAGAUGAUUGGGUUACGACCUCUUGAGAGGCCGAGGGUAUUUUGAGGCCUCGUAAUUCUAGGUGUCUAAUUAUUUUGAUAAAAAGUACCAUGCUCUGCAAAAGCUCCUCUUGCCAUAAAAAAUUACUAAUUGGUUAAGCCCCUUUCUCUUUCCUUCUUUUGAGAGCAGAUGUUGAAGGAAGAGAUGACUGCCAUCUGAUGAACCUUACUUAUUAAGGUCUUAGGCUUUUCAAAAUUUGUUACAUGAUCUAUUACAACUUGAUCUGACUUAUACACAAGCUGGUGAUGGACUUAUCAUUUUGCAAAAGGCUGCAAUGCCUAAUGGUACAAUAUUGGUAAAUUUAAAUUUAUUUUCUAAACUUUUUAAUGUAAUGAAAGUACUUCCUCCCCUCCCGAGAGAUGAUUAUCUUUGCAGCGGUGCUUUAUGUCAUUUGACAUGCUCUUAAAACUUACUUUUCCUGCUCUGAUGUUACUGUGGUCGACUCACAGUAGCCCCAGGUGUCUUUUUUUUUUUUUUUAACCUUUCACAUUCUGUAGACCAAAACCCAACAUUGGCUCUUUCUCAUUAUCCCUAAAGCGCGGUUAUUGUCGUGUGUUGAUCCCCAGUGUAAUGUGGUGGUGAUCAUAUGCUGAUUUUAGUUGUCUCCUGGUUUUGUUGUAUAAAUGUGAAUGUGGUUCUAACACACAUGGGUGUAAGAGUUAACCUAAUCCCAUUAAAAGUAAUUGAUUUCUAUGCAAUCAGGUUAUCAUGUACUAUAGGCUUAGUUAUCAAAUCACAGUUUGGUGUUUCAUGUUAGUGUGAAACUAUUUGUUGAUGACAUUACCAGACAAAAUAGCAGCAGAGGAGUGGGUUGCGAAGCACUCCAUUUGAGCUAUCAGGAACAGAUAUACUGUACAUGGCAAUUUUUAAGAUAGCCACACUUGAGAAAAGGCAGCAUUUCUCAACCUUUGUACCCUUGAAAUAAUUCCUGGUUGUACUUUAGAUAAACAUGGGAUUUCUUUGUCAACUGAAAGGAGACUUUGCUAUGUAUACUGGUAAAGUGAGGAAAAAGUAAAUGCAAAAAUAACUCAAAAAUACAUUUGCAUAUGAUUAGAAUUAGGCUUUUUAUCACAUCUCUUAGGAACCACUAGUUACCUUGGGAGUCUGCAGAACCCCAGUUGAGAAACGCUGCUCUCGGGGUAAACCCUUGGCCUGUUCCCCUGUUUAUAGGAGACAACACCCUUGGGUGCAGGAAAAUAAAUCAUUGUCCUCAUAAUAUUGUUAAAAUGCAUUCCCUGAUCACACGAAAUGUGAGUUUUUUUUUUUUUUUUAUCUUUGCCGUGGCAAUAUGAUCAUGAAGAAAGUGCACAGGGCUAAGAGUGGAGUGUUAGUUGCCACAAAGAUGUUUUUAUUUAUUUCAAUGUCUGAUAAUUUUUUUUUGUUUUUUUUCCAGUAAUAUUUAAUAAUGUGUCAUUUUAAAAUUUUUAUAAUAAAAUGUGUGGAACAUAAGAAUGCUCAAA